AUGACAAUGAACCAAAUUCUGAUCAAAUUAUUUAUAAGUUAUUAUCAAGGAAGAGCAAAAAAGAAGCUUGAAGAACUGUUACAUCAAUGGUCAGAAUGGGAUACUCUAGAAUGCUCUAUAUCUGAGUUAACAGAUUUUGGGCUGUCAAAGGUUGGCCUAAUUAACAGUACAGAUGAUGUAUCUGGUCCAGCAGUGAGUGGCACAUCACUAUUGGGUGAUAAUAGGACUCAGUCAUCUCUCUCAUCUCCACCUCCAUCUCCAUCUAUGUCUGCCACUGAGACUCAGCAAGAAAGACACAAAAACCGCUCUGCUGUUGGACAACUCCAGACUAUUUGGCACCCAAGAAUCUUCUGGGAAAUGGACAUGGUAUAUCAGCAGAUUGGUGAGCACCCUCAGAUGAUAUUUGACAACAUUCUCAACCGUAACAUACCCUGGCCUGCAAAGAUCCUAACCAGAGACUUGGAGCUAGGGGAGCAACCGAGGAAAAAGGCUGCAUUUGUGCCUUCAUCAGAGAGUGCACUGGACAUAAGUUAUUUCACAAGUAGGUACACAUGGAAUAACUCAGAGCAGGUUAGGGCUUCCAGUUCAGUUCUGGGCUUUGUUUGCACAUUUCUAUUUAACAGUUUCAAGCAAACGCAUAAGAAACAUAGCAUCUUUCCUAUCACUUUUAAGGUGUACAAUGUUGGAAUGGAGGCAACAGUUGUAUUGCAGCUUAAAGGUGAUUGUUCUCUUGGUUACCUCCAUAUCGUCUCUACAGAAGAGGUGCUAGAAUAUUUUAGGCAACAAAGAUAG